CGCCCCAUGCUCUGAUCUUCGCCCCGAGGCGGAGACUCCGGACUCCAGACUUUCUGCGCCACGGAGGGAGAUGGAGGGCUUCUCGGGACGCCGGGCUCUGGUGACGGGGGCGGGCAAAGGGAUCGGCCGGGCUGUGGCGGUGGCGCUGAGCCGUGCCGGGGCCCAGGUGGUCGCGCUGAGCCGGACCCAGGCGGAUCUCGACCACCUGCAAAAGGAGUGCCCUGACAUCCAGACGCUAUGCAUAGACUUAGGAGACUGGGAGGCCACAGAGGCAGCACUGAGCACAGUGGGGGAUAUUGACCUGUUGGUGAAUAAUGCUGCUGUAGCACUGCUGCAACCAUUCCUACAGGUGACCAAGGAGGCCUUUGACAGGUCUUUCAAUGUCAACCUUCGGGCCGCACUGCAUGUCUCCCAGAUUGUUGCUCGGAAACUGAUUGCCAGGGGAGUGCCAGGUGCAAUUGUGAAUGUCUCGAGCCAGGCAUCCCAUCGGGCUCUGACCGAUCACACAGUUUACUGUUCCACCAAGAGUGCCUUGGAUAUGCUGACAAAGACAAUGGCUCUGGAGCUGGGUCCCCACAAGAUUCGGGUGAACAGUGUGAACCCCACGGUUGUCAUGACAGACAUGGGCCGCCUCAACUGGACUGAUCCCCAGAAAGCUGGACCUAUGAUUAGCCGCAUCCCAUUGGGGAAAUUUGCAGAGGUGGACGAUGUGGUGAACAGCAUCCUCUUCCUGCUGAGCAACCAAAGCAACAUGACGACAGGUGCCAUGCUGCCAGUUGACGGGGGAUUCCUUGCCUGCUAAAAUCCAUCAUUUGCUUCCGUCUUCCCUGUGUGAUUUUUCCCCCUACUGAGUUAUCCGGAACAGACUGAGACGUGGAAUGAAAUUCUGUGGAACAUGGAUGGGGAACUUGCCGCAACUCCAGAUCUUCAUGGGCCCCAGCUCCCAUCAGCCCGGCCAAUAACCAGGGAUGUCGGAAGUUGUGGCCACAGAGAGAGAGACCAAGUGGGAGGUUCCAUUAGUGGAUGCAUGUGGAAAGUGAGGGCUGUAGGAUGCUUGCUUCUGCCGCUGACCCUGAAGAAAUCACACUUCCUUACUUAUGGAGAAAUGUUUAUUGUAUAAAAUAAGAGGUGUUCAGCUCAUCACUCUACACGAUGAUUAAAAACUGGACCCGUCUCCAUCCCAACCCCUCCAAAGCUCUCCCUGCUCCAUCCCCCAGUCCAUCCCACCUGGUAAAAGGAAGGGGUUGGCCAUAACCCUUUCCACCUGCAUCAUCUUUAAUCUUACAGAAAGGUUCCUGCCAUCUGGCCCUGUCCUGCUCAGGCUGGACAAGGUAAAGAGGCCUUCCUCCAACUCUCCAUCUUUGGGAGAGCUGAUGGUCUGUAAAACCAGCUGAGGAGCAGCACACAGGCUGAUAUCCUGAAAGGCAAAGGCAGCUUGGGAUGGCACAGAGCUGCAUUGAUCAUUUAGCUUUGCUAGUGUCUCGUGCAAAUAAAGCACUAUAAAGGCUACUUCUUCAA